GAUAGAUCGGGAGUCUCUGCGCUGUCGACUUGCCAGGAAACGAUGAUGUCGCCUAUGUUGUCUGGUGUAUGUCUCUCGUUGCUGGCGGCCCCCGGCCUGGCGUUCGUGGGGACGCCGUUCAUCGCCCAGCAAGUGCGCCAUGCACCCGCGCCGACCUCACGCUCGGUGACCGGCAGCAGCAGGCCACGCGCUUCGACUCGCAUGGUCGCGACGCCUGACAAGGUCGGCACGGGAGUCAAGCGCAACGAGAACUUCGCGAAGCUCAAGGCAGGCUACCUGUUCCCUGGCAUCGCCAAGCGCCGUAACGCCUACCUCGAGGCAAACCCCGACUGCCGACCCAUCAUCUCGCUCGGCAUCGGAGACACGACCCAGCCAAUUCCGCCGCACAUCUUGAGCGGCCUCGUCGGGGGGGCCAAGACCCUCGGCACUAAGGAAGGCUACACCGGCUACGGCGCGGAACAGGGAAAGGCGGACAUCCGCGAGAAGAUAUCGGAGAAGCUGUACAACGGCCUCAUCAAGCCCGACGAGGUGUUCGUCAGCGACGGCGCUAAGUGCGACAUCGGCCGCCUGCAGAUGAUGUUUGGCUCGGGGGUUGUGUCGGCCGUACAGGACCCUUCCUACCCGGUGUAUGUGGACACCUCGGUGAUGGUGGGCCAGACCGGCGAGGUUAACGAGGAGACCAUGCAGUACGACAACAUCGUCUACAUGCCUUGCAAGCCGAGCAACGACUUCUUCCCUGACCUCAAGGCGCUGCCGCAUGCGGACGUGAUCUACUUCUGCUCCCCCAACAACCCCACGGGCGCCGUGGCUACUCGCGAGCAGCUGGAGGCACUCGUAGCACACGCUAACGCGAAGGGUUCCAUCGUCGUCUUCGACGCGGCGUACGCGCCCUUCAUCCGCACUCCUGGAGUGCCCAAGUCCAUCUUCGAGAUCGAGGGAUCGAGAACUUGCUGCAUCGAGGUGAACUCUUUCUCCAAGUACGCAGGCUUCACCGGCGCUCGGCUGGGGUGGACGGUUAUCCCUAACGAGGUCAAGUUCUCCGACGGGACCCCCGUGAGAAAUGACUUCAACCGCGUCAUGACCACCGCUUUCAACGGCGCUUCCAACAUCGUACAGUCAGGGGGCAUGACUUGCCUUGACGACGAGGGUAUGGCGGAGAUCGAUACGCUGAUGGACUACUACCUCGAGAACGCCAAGAUCCUCAAGGAGGGUAUCGAGUCGUGCGGUUUCAAGUCUCACGGUGGGAAGGACGCCCCUUACGUGUACGUGGACUUGGAAGGGAAGGCCAGCUGGGACGUGUUCAGCGAGAUCCUCGAGAAGGCACAGGUGGUGACCAUCCCAGGAGCGGGCUUCGGCCCCGGAGGAGAGGGUUUCCUGCGUUUGUCGGCGUUCGCGCCCCGGGAGUCGUGCGUAGAGGCCGUCGAGCGGUUGCGUGCGGUCUUGGCUUGAUUUUUGCGCCACCUCGACGUGGAUUUUUUUUUUAAUUUUUUGUCCGUUUGAGAACGCAGCCUGUAUGGAUCUCUAUCAGAAGUUGCUUCUUGACGGUUCCCGCUCUUAAAUUUAAUAUGCGGCGGUACUGCCCACCGUUUGUUUCUCUGGCGGGGGUGGUGGCGGGAAUUUAGAGUUCAACACCGUUAUAGUUUUUUCCCCUCCUGUUUGCCCGUCAAACAAGAGCGCGUCCACGGCACGCGGUAAGACUGGGCUGAACCCAG